CAAAAAAAUAUUUUUGCAUUCCAUUGCAAAAAUUUUGUGAAUACAGUUGAAGUAAAAAAAGUGAAUCGUUGCAGGAAAAAAAGUUAAUAAUUAAUAAAAUAAUUAAGUAGAUAAAAAGAAAACUAAAAAACUUGUUAACCCAGCUAUUUUGUUUUGUUAUCAUAUAAAAAAGAAAACGAAAAAGAAAUCUACAAACAUGCCAACUGAAGAACAGAAUGUUGCCAAAACCUCUGAAGAGAGCACUGCAACUACCACAGAGACACUCUCCACUGAAGCCAUAGUCGAACAAGAACGUUCCGAAAAGAUUUUAAAAGCUAAAGAACUUUACAGUCAUGGUUCACGUAAUUUCUUGGUUAAAUCCUUUGCCGAGGCGGCUGAUGAAUUAAGUCAAGUUUGUGCUCUCUAUGAAGAAUUAUAUGGCGAAUUAUCCGAUGAAUUGGGUAUGCCCUAUUUACUCUAUGCCAAAUCUCUUAUAGCAUUGGCUUUAGAUGAAAACAAAGUUAUCGAUGUACCCGAUGAGGAAGAAGAUGAUAAUGAGGAUGAUGAGGAAGAAAAUGGUGCUGAAGCUGCUGCUGAGACAACAAAUGGUAAAGCUAAAGAGGCCGCUGCUGUCGGUACAAAUGGCACUAAAUUGGAGAGUAUAAAAGAAGAUGCUGUAGAUACUACAGAAGAGGUCGAUAAAAAGAAAGAUGUUGCAGAGGAAAAGAAAGAAGAUAAACCAGAAAAAAUGGAAGAAGAAUCAGAAGUUAGCAGUACUGAUGAUACUAAAACUGACAAGAAACUAGAGGAGGAGGAUGAAGAGAAAAAGCCCACAAAUGGUGAUGUUGCUGCAAAUGGUUCGGCAGAAAAGGCACAAACUUCAAUUGCCAUUGAUGAUGGUGAAAAGCCAUCAACAUCUAAUGGUGAAGCUGGUGCAGAAGAAGACGAUGAAGAAAAUGAAGCGGCCUCCAACCUUCAAUUAGCUUGGGAAAUCCUUGAAUUGGCAGCAAAAAUCUUCUCCCGCCAGGGCGAACGUGGUCUACCCAAUUUGGCAGAGGUACAAACCGAAUUGGCCAAUAUUGAAUUUGAAAAUAAUAUUUUAGAUUCAGCACGUGAUGACUAUGAAAAAGCCUUAAUUAUUUACAAAGAAUUACCCAACAACUAUCGUCGUGCUAUGGCUGAAAUUCAUUAUAAAAUCGGUUUAACAUUUUUAAUGCAACAGCAAAAUAAAGAAGGUGCCGCUUCAUUGAAGGAAGCCUGCAAUCUAAUUGCAGGAGAAAUUGAAGAAAUUAAAAAAUCAACAGAACUUACUGAAAAGGAUAAGAAUAAUAUACAAGAUAUGGAGGAAACGAAACAGGAGAUUGAGGCAAAAAUUACAGAAAUUGAAGAAACACAAGCACAGAAUAUUGCUGAAGUACGUGCUGCUUUAGAUAGUUACAUUAAACCACUCAGUAGUGGUGAUGUAGAUGCUGGCUCUUCAAAAUCUGCAACAGCAACAGCAGCCACCGCCGCCGUCGCCGCUGCCUCCUCGUUAACAGCAGAUGGUACAGCAGCAACAUCAGCUGCCAUAAUAACAUCUUCGUCGAAACCUAAUGAUAUUUCACAUUUAAUUAAGCGUAAAAAGCCAGAAGAGCCAACUUCAGAAGCCGAAGCUGCUGUUGCCUGUUCACCGGCCAAACGUCCUGCAGUUUAAAUUAUUUAGUUUUCUUUGUCCUGUAUCUGUAUCUGUGUGUGUCUGUUUCUUAUUUUUAUUAAUAUUAAUUUUCAUUUGUAUAUUGAGCGAGAGAAGAAAAUGAAAAAAAAAUACAAAAUGUUAUCUACACAA